UGGAAAGUGCGGUCUUUGUGAUAUGGAAAGAUGGGUCAUCUGAAAAAGGAGCUUAGACCGCCACCACAUGUCUAAAUUCUAGAACUGAACUUUUCGGUUCAUGUCCAUAUAUGGCUAAAUAUUUGUUACGUUUUUGGUCCCCCCGAGAUUACAGAUAGGACUUCCUUUCUAUAUUGUGUCCACAUACAAGCUUUUUAUCUCUCUAUACUUUUUAAUUAUAUUUCUUACUUGGUAGAUCAAAUAUGUCGAAAACUCACGAAAAAUUCAGUGAAGUUAGAGAAGAUAAGGUUUACCGAAGUAGAUGGAAAAAAUUAUUUGAAUUAUGGGAGAAGUUCUUCUUUAUCAAUGAUGAGAAGAUACCGUUAAGUACAUCAAAUCUUAAGAAGAAGUGCCAGUAUAUUUUAUAUCGAAUGGUCUACCUCCUUACUCUAUCAGACUGUGCGUUGUUUUUAUCUUAUUCAUACAAAACUUUUAUCUUGGAGUCUUUUCCUAAGACCUUGACUGUCCUUAUGCUGAUACAAUGGAAAUUUUGCUCCUAUUUAAAUUUCUUCAUAAUGGUAUCGAAAAUCAAACAAUAUAAAACAUUGAAAGAAAAUUUUAUGAAUAGCACACUUUUGUGUGUGUGUGAUGAUUGUGAUGAUAGGAUCUCCUUUUUGUUUAAAAUAGCGAAAAUCAGAACCAUUCUUCAAAUUCUCUUAGUGCUUAUAAUGCAUCCGAUUUUAGCAUGUAUUUUGCCCCUAUUGCGUAAUGAAUCCGGCAUUUUUGAUAUAUUUUUUUAUCCUUUUCCUUUAAAUGAUAAUAUAUUUUCUCUGCCAAUUUUUGUCGCUUGGUGGGUAUUUGUACUAGUUGCUUUGCAAAUUUUACCCCAAGCCAACUUUUCCUGGUUUUUAAUCGAAUACCUUGUUUUAGAAUUCAGAGUUUUGAGGGAAAAGUGCCAGGCGUUUUUCGUGUCAGGAUGUGAAAUACAACCGAAUGCUGAGUGGAAUUACCGAAACAAAAUGAUUGUGCAUUAUUGUACGAAACACGAAGAAAUGUGCAACUUACUGGGGGAUGUCAACAAAAUUAUUAAGUAUAGCAUAUCGGCAAUAAUUUUAAAUAUGAUACUAGGUCUCUGUACCAUAUUUGCUGGCCUUAUAAACAAUUUUCUUAGCCAAGAAGAACUAGUAUUCAUAUGUAUGUUACCAACAUUAGUUUUUCUGCUAUCCGUUAAGACACUUCAUACAGGCAUGAAUCUUCACAAAAAUAUCCAUGAUAUCGUCGAAGAUCUGUACGCCAUGAAUUUUAAAGGUUUGUCAACUGAAACCAGAAUGAAGUUGACAUUAUUUCUCGAUAGAUUAAACACAACCCCAAGUGGUAUAAGCGUUGGAGGCUUCUUUGUUAUAAGACCAUCUUCUAUCCUAACGAUAUUUGGCAGCCUGUUCACUUACGUGAUUGUUGUUCUACAGACCAAAAGGCCCACAGAUUCUUGAAGCUCUUGAUAAUUGGUUGAGGAUUUAAUAUGCUGAAUAAUACUGUUCUAGAGGGACGGGAUAAAUCGAUGAUGUCCACUCCAGUGCUCAACUAGUACUACUUAUUUUAUCGACUUGUAAUUUGAAAGUUGAAUUAUUUUUAUGAAAGUAAGGACGGACGAGAUGGCCCUAAGCAUUUUGUUCGACGUGCAAAUGAUUUUUCCAAACUCACCACUUUAGAAAGUAGAAUGAUAUUAAAAUAUAAUCUAAUCGUAAAUUGAUUUGUUAUUCACUCGCCUUUUCUUGUUCAAUUCAUU